AUGGGGAGAAAACAAAUUUUAUUUUAUUUUUUUACUUAUGGUAUAUUUAUCUUAGCAUUAGUAAAUUAUGAAUACGUUAAUAAUUUGAUAAAAACUAAGUUUCAAAAAACGGGUAGUGAAAAUGUUAUGAAAAAUGAAGGACCAUCACAUUAUGAAAUUGAAAGAGGAUAUAUUUCUGAGCAUAUAAAAUAUGGAACUAGCCAAAAUGAACAAAAUUCAAUCCGAUUUUUAGAUAUAUUUCCUAUUAUACAUAAAUAUGUAAAAUCUUUUUAUGAAUUUUUAAUAAAAGAUAUACAAUGGGAUGAAUGGUAUAGAAAUGGAAAAGUAAGUAAUAGUCCUCACUGUGUAUAUGAUAGGAAAUAUGGAUACCAAGAUAAUUGCAUUUUACCAUAUCCUAAAUAUUAUAGUAUGAAAGAUUUCAAAAUAAAUAAUAAUAGAAAGUUAUCUAUAAGGGAAGAUACUAAUGAAUUAAAGCCAUAUGUUACUAGAGGACAAAAAAAUGAGACCGUUGUUAAUUUACAUGAAUAUUUUGUUAAAGAAGAUGAAGUUAAAUUAAAAAAUCCUGAAAUUUUUAUAACACCUAAAGAGCAAUUACAUAGAGUAGUUAUAAUUUGUUCUAAACCCUCUAUACAUUAUAGCCAUAUUAUAACUAGACCAUCUACUGCAAUGCAAUAUAUUCUUGAUGAGGAUAAGGAAAUAAUUCCAACGGAUAGUUCAUAUCCUGUUAUAUUUUAUCCUGAAAUAAAUAAUUGGGGAUUAGAUAAUAAGUUAUCAACUGGUAUGGUAGAAUUUUUAAUUCCACCAUAUAGCAAUAAAACAAGUGAUCUUAUAAUUACCUGUGCAAAUAUAGAUGCAAAUGAUAGUUACAAGUUUGAAGACUUUGUUAUUAUUCGAGUUAGAGUACAUAAAACUUAUAAUAAAAUAAUAGGCAUAAGUAGUGAUAAAAAUGAUAAGCCAUAUUUUGAAGAAAUUAUUAGUGAUGAAAAAGAAGUAUAUGAGUUUGAAGGAUAUUUAGAAAAAGUUGUUGGAAUUAAAGUAGAAGGAUAUGAAUUAGAUCCACCAAAUUGUUUUAAAAGUGUAUAUGAAGAUGAUAAAAGAAUAUAUUUAGAAGUAGAAUUCCAUUAUGCAAAAUGUAUAAACUUAGACAGAAAAAAUUAUAAAUUAAGAUUUUUUUUUCUAUCACAAGAUUUUGCAGAUUAUGAAUUAAAAUUUUCAUGUAAUCUAAUUAAUACACAAACUCAGAAAAAAAAAACUGUUAUAUUUGGUGAUGGAGGAGGAACAUCAGAUUAUCGUUUAAAAAUAGUUGAUGAUGAUAGUAAAACAAUGAAAUAUUUUAAUGACAUACCUUAUCAAAUUUGUAAUUUUGAUUAUAAUAUAAGUACAAAGGGUGAUAUUCAAAUAUGUGAAAAAACAAUAAAUGAAUUUAGUUUAUUUAUUUAUAAUUGUGAAGAGAUACAAGAUAAACAAAUUGUACAUGGAAAAGAACCAGCUAAUACAAUAAAAUAUUUAAACAAUGUAUUCCAUAUAAGUAAAUUUACAGAUUUAUAUUUUAAUACAAAAGAUAUAGAUAUACCAGAAAUAAAUCAACAAUUUAAAGGUUAUAAAUUUUUAAUGACUUCAUUUAUAAAUCAUGGAUCAUAUCCAUUAACAAUAGAAUGUGGUGUAACAGAUGGUGGAUCAAAUUACAAAAAAGCAACUAUUUUAUUACAUGUUCGAACAGAUUUAAAAGAUAGACCUGUUUCAUUUUGUGACUUUAGAAAAGGGAAAUUAUAUAAUUAUUUAAAUGCUUAUACAGAAGGAGAUUCAUGUAAAAUAAUUGCUAAAUCAAAUACAAGCUUCGGUUUUAGAUGUCCUGAAAAUACAAAAAAAAUGCCUGAAAAAUGUUUUAUGCAAGUAUAUGAAAAAGGAUACCCAAAUAAUGCCAAUAAAAUUAAUACUCAAAAUAUUAUUACCUAUUCAUAUGAAAAUCCAGAAUAUGCGCUAGCUGGUUUUAAUUACACAUUAACAAAGUCAUAUCAAUUUGAAUGUCAUUGUGUAGAUAAAGAAACAGAAAAAAUUGUAAAAACAGUUUUAGUAAAAUAUGUCAAUGAAGAUGAAAUAUAUGAUUACAAUGACUAUCCAAUGGUGAAUCAUAAAUCGAAUAUUGUACAUCCAAAUAAAACACAUCUAUGUGAUUUUGCAUCAUCAGAUAAUAUAUUAUCACCUGUAACAGAAAAUCCAGUAAAUUAUGUUUGCAAUGUAUUUCCAAAACCAUUAGAAUAUGUAGCAUUACAUUGUCCAACCAGUUUAGUAGAUAUAGAAAAUGAAAAUGAAAUUUCAAAAUUAUCAAAGGAAAUGCAUAAAGAAGAAAUAAAAGCUGAAUUAAGAAUCAGACUUCGAAAAAGAAACAUCUAUUCAAUGUUAUAUCAUACUCCAAAAAAUGCACCAUCAUAUGUAAUAGAUAAAAAUAUGCAAAGUGUAUCUAGCAUAGCAGAUAUUAUACCUGGUGUUAUUGUUUCAGAUAAUGUUACUGAACAAAUAAGCAAAAUAGAAAAAAAUGAACAUGGUAUUUAUGAUACAUCUAUAGCUCCUAAUGAAAAUGAUGAAACAAAUAUUUUAUUUAAAAAAUAUAUAGGCAAAGAUAAUAGUAUAUCUAAUGGAUUCUUUAUUUUUCAAUUACCUCCAUAUAUAGAAACAAAUGAAACACUCGAAUUUUUAUGCAUAAAUAGUAAUACUAAAAAAAAUCUAAAUAUUGGAAAUAAUGGUAUAAUGACUGUACAUGUAAGAAAAGAAGGUAGUAAAAUAGAUGGAUGUUAUUUUUAUAAAAAUCAACCUCAAAAUACUUUUUUAAAAGAGAGUAUAAAAAUGGGUUCUAAUAUAGAAUGUAAAUUAGAAAGUGAUGGAAGUUUAGAAUAUUUUGGAAUUUUCUGUCCAACUCAAAAUGGCUUAUUUUUAUCACCAAAUAAUUGCUUUACUCAGAUAUAUACAGAAUCAAAUGAAUUAAUAAAUAUAAAAAAUGUUGAUCCUGAUUUUGAAGUUUUUUCAGAUAAUAAAGGAUUAUCAUAUUUAAAAAUAUCACAAACAUAUUUAGGAUAUUCAAAAUUAAUGUGUUACUGUAAUGAUAAAGAUAAAGUUAGUAACAUAGAUGGAACACCAUUAACUCAACAAAAUAAAAUAACAAUCGAAUUCAAUAUUUCUAAUAAAAAUACAUCUGGAAUUCAAAAAACAAAUUAUACAGAUGUAUCAAAUUUUUUAGUUGGAUAUGAAUUUUUAAAUAAAAAAGCAACCCCAAUUUAUAGAAAAAAACAUGUUUGUGACUUUACAAAAAAAUCGAAUUCUCUUGAACCCGUAGAUGAAAAAGAUACAAUUGAUUCAUGUUAUAUACAUCUAAAAGAGAAUCUAAAUAUGGUUCAAGUUAAAUGUCCAAAAAUUAUAAAAAGUGAUGAUGAUAUUUUUGAUAUAAACCCAACAAUAGAUACGAAUCUAAGAUCAAGAAGUAGUCGCCAAAAUAAUUUACAUCUAGAAAAUACAAAUAUAGACCCUGUAGAAUUAGAGAAAUAUAAAAAUAUAGAAUAUAUACCAGAAAAUGAUGAAGUAAUGCAUCUAGAUAAAAAAGAAAAGUUAGAGGAUAUAUUACCAGGUGUUAUUAUAUUAGACAAAAAUAAAAUGUUUAAAGAAAAAGGACAUUUUAGUUUUGUUACUCCAUUAAUUGUAGAAAAUGUAUUAAUAUUAAAAAUAUAUUGUGAUAAUAGUAAGACAAUAAUUGAUAAUAAGAAGGGUAAAAAAGGUUUGACAGUGAUAAGGGUUUCUCAAAAUAAAACAAAAAAUAAAUUUUAUGGAUGUGAUUUUUCAGGUAAUCCUAAAAAAACAUUCUAUUAUUCUAAUGUUUAUGAUUUAGAAAAACAAAAUGAAUUUUGUGAAAUAGAAUUAAAAGAAGAUAUAGUAGUUAGUUUAAAUUGUCCGACUGGUAAAAUUAAUCCUAAAAAUUGUUUUCGAAAUGUGUAUAUAAAAAGUAAUAUGGAUGAAGAAACAACAGAAAAUAUAGAAAAUAUAUUUAAUGAAAUAAAAGUAAUAGAUGCAGAUUAUUUUAUAAAUAAUUCAUCAACUUUUUUGAUAAUUUCAAAGAUCACUAAAAAAGAGUUUGAUUUUUAUUGUACAUGUGAAAAUUAUAAAACAAAAAAUGUAGGAACAAUAUAUAUUAAAAAUUAUGAAUAUCUAGAUUCAAAACCUAAAUAUCAAAAUAAACAAGUUUCUUACAUAGAUGUAGUUCCAUACUAUUUAAACGAUACUUAUGUAUGUGAUUUUACUGAAAAUCAUUAUUCAAUUUUGAAAAGAAAAAAUAUUAACAUUGAAGAGAUACUAAAAAGAUAUUUGCAAAUGAUUAAAAGAUAUGAGCAUGAAGAAUAUAAACAUUAUAAUUUGAAUCUAAAAUUAAAAAAAGAAAUUAUGAAAAAACAAUAUAUAGAAUAUUUAAAACAAAAAAUCAAAGAAUUUGAAGAGAACCCAUUUAGUAUUACAAAAUAUACUAAUCAAAUAAUAUCAUUUAGAUGCAAUAUUGAUUUGAACCCAUUUGAUAAAUUUGUGAUAAAAUGUCCACCAAAAAAAAGAGGCAACACAGAUGUAAACAUUCGGGAUUAUUUUGAUUCAAUAAAUACAAUUGUUGAUGGAGUUAAGUUUGAAAAUUUUACAUAUAGAUCUAAUCUAGGACUCAGUGAAAAUAAAAUGGUAGAAAAAUUAAAUAAAGUUUUAUUUGGAUCGCUUUUAAUAAAUAAAAAUAAUAAUUCAUCUUUUUUUGAACAAGGGACAUUAGAAUUAAUUAUUUCUCCAUAUUCUGAAUCUUCAAAAAAUAUAGUUUUUUCAUGUGAAUAUUUAGAAAAAGAUGAAUCUAAAGGAAUUAUGGGUACUGCAUCUAUAUUUAUAAAAAAAAAUGAUAAAAAAAUAUUAGGAUGUCAUUUUAUUGAUAAAUCUUUUGAUGUAAAUUCUUUAGAGGAAACAAAUGCUCAUUUAUCAUCGUUGGCAUAUAAAAAUAAUUCAUUUGUAUUUGAAGUAGAUUUAAUUGAAGGUAAAACAGUUUAUUGUGAUAUAGAGGCUAUAGAAAAUGAUGUAGUUGGUUUAAGUUGUCCUUAUAAUUUUAUUACAACCCCUAAAGACUGUUUUGAAUAUGUACAAAUUGAAGGAACAGAUAAAGAACUUGAAACACAUAAAUUAGACAAUUUAUUAUAUGGUGCUAAAAUAUUUAAAAAUGAAAUAUAUAAGCAUAAUUAUACUCCAACAUAUAUUAUAUUACCAAAAAGAAUCAAUAAAUCUCAUAAAAUAUUUUGUUCAUGUAAUUCAAUAAAUUCAAUUCAAGUUGGGAUCAUACAAAUAAAUAUCAUUGGCAACGAUUUAAAUAAUUGGUUUAAAAAAGAAGUUACUCAUAAUAUAUAUGCAUACCAAAGGCAACACUAUUUUUAUGAUUUUUCUUCUGGAGAUCUGAGCAUUACAUCUGAAAAUGAGAACCCAAUUCCGGUCCUUUCCAACAAAGCAGAUGCAGAUGAAAAAACACAAUUGAAUAAACUACGAUUGAGCACUCAAAAUGACUCCGCAUCUGUUGUAAAAUAUAAAAACAAUGAUCUCACUGAUCAAGAAGAAUAUGAUGAUGGUAAUAUUCUGAACCCCCUUCGAACAAAAAAAGCAUAUGAAAUUACUGUAACCGCAUCAGAAUUUAGUAGUAUAAAAAUUAUAUGUCCAUUAAGAAAUUAUGAUCAAUUCAAGCAAUCCAAAAUAAGUCCUGAAAACUUUUUUGAAUAUGUAUUAGUAAAAAAUAAGGAAAUAGGAUUAGGAACAAAUUUAUCAUUACUAAAUAUCGAGAAUUUUGAUAAAAUGAUUAUCGAAAAAUUUAAAGGGAACAGCGAAAAAAACAAGCUCGAAGAAGAAAAAAAUAAAAAAAAAUUAUUAAACAAAGAAGAUGAGGAAGAUGAAGAAGACGAAGAAGAUGAAACAACAAGUGAUAUUAUUAAGGAAGAGAUUAGAAAAGUUGAAUAUGAUAACUUGGGAAAUAAAAUAAUUAUUUCAGUUAAGUCUAAAAAACCUAAAGCAACUAUUGAAGAUACAGAUAAAAUAUCUAAAAAAGAAAUAAUAAAUGAAAAUGAAAAAUAUAUUGUAAAAAAUAUAAAUGAUGUUAUUUCUUAUGUUAAUUAUAUAUCAGAAAUAAAUGAAAAUACAUAUUCAAGUACAAUAUAUUUUUCACCCCUUUUAUUAAAUAAGGCACAAUUUUUUAUUACUUGUGAUAAUUCACUAACAUUAAAUCAAAGCAGGAGAGGUAAAACAGCUACAGUUAAAAUUAAUGUUAAACCCAAUUCUUUGAAAAUUAUGGGAUGUGAUUUUGUUGGAGCUUAUUCUUCAUAUUUUGUGUUUAGUAAAAAAUGGGAUGAAUUAGAAUCGAAUUAUGUUUGUGAAAUAAAUGCCGAAGAUGAUUCUAUUGUUGGAUUGGCUUGUCCUCAUAAUACAAAAAUAUAUCCUUCAGAUUGUUUUGAAAGUGUUAUAAAAAAUGAUAAAGUUUACAAAAGAGAUGCAUUAAUAGAAUAUAAAAAUACAUUUCUUUAUCAAAAAAAUGGAAAACCUACAUUAUCUUUUAUACAAAUAAAAAAGGUUUAUUCAGAUAGCUUUACUUGUAAAUGUUUUGAAAAUAAAAAUGGAAAUUAUAAAGAAGUUACUAUCAAAUUAAUUUAUAAAUCAUAUAUAUUAGGAACUCCAAAAAUGACCUUAAAUAAGCCAUUUAUAAAAUAUAAAAAUAUGAAUUUUUUGAAUUAUUUGAUUGGGAAAAAAUUUUAA